CUUUUCGACCCUGCGUUGUUUUUAUUUUUUUGUUUUGUCUGUCUUCAAUUUCACUGUUCCUUUCUCUGCUUCUCCUUCUUCUUCUUCUGCGCGAGGAGGAGAAAGCAGGAACGAAUUGCUAUACGCGUUCAUAGGAACAGAGGGAAGACGAGAGACAGGAGGAGGUUUAGAGAGAGAUAACAAUUCAAUUAAUAGAGCAUACGCCAAGAUGUUGGUUGCAAAUAGUUUUGAUUUAUGGCAGAAGGACGUCUUUUUUUCUGCGGCCGAGGAGGUUCAACAAUCUGCCGAUAUAAUGGAAUCAACUUACAGAAGAUGGCUCAGCGCCAGAAGAGAAGGGGUAAUGCCUCAACAUUUAGAUGAACUUGGUGGACAGCUUCAAAUGGCCUUCGGCACUGCAAAAUGGCAGUUGGACGAAUUUGAAAAGGCUGUUCAAAUGAGCUAUAGAGGCCGGGUAGAUGAUAUAACAGUUAGUCGACAUCGGCAAUUUGUUUCUGCUAUAGAAGAGCAAAUUUCCGAGGUUGAAAUAGCAUUGAAGGAAGCAUUUGAGACGGCUGGGAAGAGACCAUUUCGCUGGGUGCAUUUAGACGAACAAGAAUGUGAUGACUUAGCCCAUUUUCUCUCUGGAACAUCGGGUAUAAGUUGCAAACCAUCAUUUAACCAGAACAAGAAUACGGAGGAAGUUAGGUCGAAGAUCCAAAAAGAUCAGCAGAACUGUUUGGAAGAAGUUGUUGCAAGUAAUGAAGACACCAAACCCCUCAUGGAGCAAGAACAAAGAAUAUUGCCUGAAAUUGGGGACGAAAUUAUCUGUGAGACAGACUGUUUAACCAGCAAUAGUGGAGCUUGGAAUUCGGCAGACACGUAUCUGGAGAUCGUUAUUGAUAAAGAUGAAAGAAAGAAGAAUUCUUUGAUAGAGGCAACACCAAAGGAAAAGGGCUCCAAGCCUCCCUUCUGGAGAGCAAAAGGAGUGUCGAACUACCCUCAAAUGAAAUUUAUCACUUCGAUAAAUCAGUUUCUGAUAGGCCAUAAAAACCAAAGACAGCAACAUAUGUCGCCGGCUGUACAAGUGAAGUCUAUACGAUUCAUCCUUGCUCUGAUGCUAACGAUAUUCUUUGUUGUGCCCUUUUUGGUAUAUUCGACUUGAGCCACUUCGAACACCAUACGUCUUCCUCCAGAACCGAAGGCGUAAACCAUUCGAGUGUUGUAUACAAUAGUCGUUAUGGAAGUCCCAAAUAUAUAUGUAAUUUGGACAGAUGGUGUACAAUCGAAAUUUUGGUUGAAUAUGAGAGAUCCAUAAGUUCUCUAA